GGACGGCGAAGUGUCUGCCUGACCCCGCCGCCUGUGGGGUCUGCCGAGCGCUCGACGGCGUACAGAGGACACAGGGGCAGCCGGCGUGCGCGGUCUAGAGUCGAGGCGCCUCUUUUUCUUUUCCGGUCUAUAGAAGGGAAGGAUGCGGUCGUCCCUGUCCUCUUUUCAUUCCCUUCCCUUCGCCCUUCUCCCGACCGCCAUCGCAGCAAUCCGAAGCAAGCAAGCGCCUGCUUAGCUAGCAAAGAUGACGACCCGGCUGAAGAAGAACCGUAAGAAGCGCGGCCACGUCAGCGCAGGCCAUGGACGUGUCGGUAAGCACAGGAAGCAUCCUGGAGGAAGGGGUAACGCUGGAGGUAUGCAUCAUCACAGGAUCAUGAUGGACAAGUACCAUCCAGGUUACUUCGGGAAAGUGGGUAUGAGGCAUUUCCAUAUGUUGAAGAACAAGUAUCACUGUCCUAUCAUCAACGUGGACAAGUUGUGGACUCUAGUUCCAGAGGAGGUGAGAGAGAAAGCGAACGGCACGAAGGCGGCACCUUUGAUCGACCUCACGAAGAAGGGCUUCUUCAAGCUUCUUGGCAAGGGCGCCCUCCCCGAGCAACCCCUUGUCGUUAAGACGAAGUUUGUGAGCAAGUUUGCGGAGAAAAAGAUCAAGGAGGCCGGCGGCGCAGUUAUUCUUACUGCAUAAGAAUCGGCUGGGACGAAGUCUCAGGACGCUGAAGUUGGCGGCGUGAGGAAAGGCGGAGUAUUGACAAACGGAGGGGAUCAUGUGGGAGCGGAGCUAAGGAGGAGAUGAACUUGUCGAGGGCUUUUCAGGAUGUGAAACAAACGAUGCAGAUAAUGGGUGAGAUAGCGACAGGGAAGAAAAUACGUCGCGGCGUUUGGCGUACUGUUUUUUUAGGGUGAAUGUUGUGAGCCUUCAGCCCUAAAUUCAAGAUUGUCAAUGUGCGCGGUUUUGCGUCUGUAAUGUACGAGGGCUUUGCUGUGAAGGAGUGUGAGGUGAAAGUAGGCGGUGAAUCCCUGAUCGUUUGGAUUGAAUUUCGUUAUGGGGCUCUGCUGAGUGGAAAAGAAAAAGAGGAAGUCGGCGCAGGCUGUCAUGAGAUUCUGAGGGAGACAAAGAUCUAGUAUACGCGAUUUUGUUAUCUUUGAGAAGGUUGGCGAGGGUUUUGUUUGUCGGUUUGUUUUAAUUUUCGACAUUCCCCUACUCAACUGAGGAGGUUCACUCUCUAUCCGUGCUUGCCUGCUCUUUCUCUCUCCUCUCAUCUACCUUUCUGCACUUCUGCGGUAUUGUGUUGUAUUUUCCUUUGAUAAUUUGUAUUACUGCAGAGAUGGGUUGGAAUGAAUGGUAACGAAAUUCCCCUUGCUUCUGUAUUGUUUCUCUGGACACGUCAUUUUUCAACGAAUUGGAUUAUCUUCUUGUGAUGCAUGCCGGUCCACGAAACACGUAUGAAUUGGCGUGCGCAUAUGGAAUGCUCUUGGUGGACGUGUGAUGGGUUUGGACAAGUAUUCACAUGUGGAUCUGGUCGGUAGGAAAUAUCGCAAAGCUGUUGCGCUGGUGGUCACCGCGGCGUAGGUUGAGUGGUAUGAGGUUGGGAUGGUGUGGUUAUAAAGUCUGGUCGCAUGGUGGUGAAAGAUUUCAGGGUUUGCAUGGCUGAUGGUGGGACCGAAGUUUAAGGGUUUGCAGGGCUGAUGGCGGGACCGAAGUCCGUCGUCGCGCACAAGGGUUCUGCGUGGUCUUGGGGUAAUUGUGUUGGGUUGCAUUUAGGUAUUGGGUUGUCCUGUUUGGUUUGGGUAUGAGCUGAUUCGGCAACGCUGUUGGGCAUGGGUUGGGUCCGUCUUGCUGAAUGAGAUGUGGUGCAGGGUGAGCAGGAAAGUAAUGAGGUUGAAGGGUGGGGAUUCUCUCUGUAAAUGAUGGCGUGGCUUGCGUUGUUGGGACAGACAUGACGUUGACUGGUGGCCAGAUAUGCUAGGGCCGUGUUAGGGUGUCGCAUGCUCUCCUAAUUUGUGUGAUAUUGCACAACUUGUGAGAGUAUAUGAAAUUAGGGCAUAUUAGGGUUUGGUGGUGGUAUGAGUUUCACCUUCUCUUUAUAUCCAAAUACCUAUCAUCUUCACCGGAAUAGAACGCGCGGUCGUCAUACCUGUAACUAAACUUUUAAGUUUCCCUAAUACGGGUAUAUAAUGACCAGUCGUUCUAUUCGGUUGGAGACGAGAGGUAGUUUGUCGUGGCGUAGUUCUCUUAGACCCCCUUGAGGGCGCGAAAGUUUGGGACACGGUCUUCAGCUGCUGAGGAGUGGAAAGUUGGCGGUCUGUGUGGGGGGAUUUAUUCUUCUCAUGAAAUCGAUUCCCUCCACCAGAGAAUUCAUCAUAUUUCACUGAGAAAGAAAUGCUGCUUAGCAAG